UGACGUUCUCCAGGUACUUCAUGGUGUCCUCCUCCGUCUUUCCCACACCUCUCCACACGGCUUCUGAACCAUGGGGGAGAACGAGGAUGAGAAGCAGAGCCAGGCAGGGCAGGUUUUUGAGAACUUUGUCCAGGCGUCCACGUGCAAAGGUACCCUCCAGGCCUUCAACAUUCUCACACGGCAGCUGGACCUAGACCCGCUGGACCACAGGAACUUCUAUUCCAAACUCAAGUCCAAGGUGACCACCUGGAAGGCCAAAGCCCUGUGGUACAAACUGGACAAGCGCGGCGCUCACAAAGAGUACAAGCGAGGGAAGUCGUGUACGAACACCAAGUGUCUCAUCAUCGGGGGAGGACCAUGUGGCUUGCGCACUGCCAUCGAACUUGCCUACCUGGGAGCCAAAGUGGUCGUAGUGGAAAAGAGAGACACCUUCUCCCGGAACAAUGUGCUACACCUCUGGCCUUUCACCAUCCAUGACCUGCGGGGCUUAGGAGCCAAGAAGUUCUACGGGAAGUUCUGUGCCGGCUCCAUCGACCACAUCAGUAUUCGCCAGCUGCAGCUGAUCCUGUUCAAGGUGGCCCUGAUGUUAGGAGUGGAAAUCCACGUGAAUGUGGAGUUUGUGAAGGUUCUAGAGCCGCCUGAAGAUCAAGAAAAUCAAAAAAUUGGCUGGCGGGCAGAAUUCCUCCCUGCAGACCACUCUCUGUCGGAGUUUGAGUUUGACGUCAUCAUUGGUGCCGAUGGCCGCAGGAACACCCUGGAAGGCUUCAGGAGAAAAGAAUUCCGUGGGAAGCUGGCUAUUGCGAUCACUGCCAACUUCAUAAACAGGAACAGCACUGCAGAGGCCAAGGUGGAAGAGAUCAGUGGUGUGGCUUUCAUCUUCAACCAGAAAUUUUUUCAGGACCUUAAAGAAGAAACAGGGAUUGACCUGGAGAACAUUGUUUACUACAAGGACUGCACUCACUAUUUUGUCAUGACAGCCAAGAAGCAGAGCCUGCUCGACAAAGGCGUCAUCAUUAAUGACUACAUGGACACCGAGAUGCUGCUGUGUGCGGAGAACGUGAACCAGGACAGCCUGCUGUCCUAUGCCCGGGAAGCUGCCGACUUUGCCACCAACUACCAGCUGCCGUCCUUAGACUUCGCCAUGAACCACUACGGGCAGCCUGACGUGGCCAUGUUCGACUUCACCUCCAUGUAUGCCUCUGAGAACGCGGCCUUGGUGCGCGAACGACAGGCGCACCAGCUGCUAGUGGCUCUUGUGGGUGACAGCUUGCUCGAGCCGUUUUGGCCCAUGGGCACGGGUUGUGCCCGCGGCUUCCUGGCAGCCUUCGAUACAGCGUGGAUGGUGAAGAGCUGGGACCAGGGUACCCCUCGUCUGGAGCUGCUAGCCGAAAGAGAAAGUCUGUACCGGCUAUUACCUCAGACCACCCCAGAGAACAUCAACAAGAACUUCGAGCAGUAUACGCUGGACCCAGGGACACGGUACCCAAACCUGAACUCAAACUGUGUCAGGCCCCAUCAGGUGAAGCAUCUGUACAUCACUAAGGAGCUGGACCGCUACCCUCUCGAGCGGCUGGGCUCAAUAAGGAGAUCCGUCAACCUCUCUAGGCGGGAGUCAGACAUCCGGCCCAACAAGCUCUUAACCUGGUGCCAACAGCAGACCGAGGGCUACCAGCAUGUCAGCGUCACCGACCUGACCACGUCCUGGCGCAGCGGCCUGGCCCUGUGUGCCAUCAUCCACCGCUUCCGGCCUGAGCUGAUCAACUUCGACUCUCUGAAUGAAGACGAGGCUGUGGAGAACAACCAGCUGGCGUUCGACGUGGCUGAGCGUGAGUUUGGGAUCCCUCCAGUGACCACUGGCAAAGAGAUGGCAUCCGCCCAGGAGCCCGACAAGCUCAGCAUGGUUAUGUACCUCUCCAAGUUCUACGAGCUCUUCAGGGGCACCCCACUGAGGCCUGUGGAUUCUUGGCGCAAAAACUAUGGAGAAAAUGCUGACCUCAGCCUGGCCAAAUCUUCCAUUUCUAAUAACUAUCUCAACCUCACCUUUCCAAGAAAGAGGACCCCACGAGUGGACGGUCACACUGAAGAGAGUGACAUGAGCAAACGGAGACGGACAGGCUUCAGUAACCUGGACGAGCCUUCGUCCUUCUCCAGCCGGAGCUUGGGCUCCCAAGAGAGCGGCAGCAGUAAGGAAGGUGGCAGUCAGAACAAAGUCAAGUCCAUGGCAAGCCAGCUGCAGGCCAAGUUUGAGGAGAGCACUCGGAACCCCUCGUUGCUAAAGCAGGAACGCGUGUCAGGGCUAGGUAAGCUUGUCCAGUGCUCUCCCUCUGACCCUCCUGUUCACUCCCGCAGCCCCAAGCUCAAGGAGCCCACGCCCAGCCCACCGCCUCCUCUGAAAAGGCAGUUCGCCUCUACAGUCGGGACGGGGCACGUGCUCAGAGAGCUUAAACAAGUGUCUGCAGGCGGCGAGUGCCCAAACAGGCCCUGGAGAGCCAGAGCCAAGUCUGAUCUGCAACUGGGUGGGCAAGAAAAUCCCGCCACCCUGCCUCCUGCCUGCCAGGGAGCGCUGGCCCUCUCUGGGGUGUUGCGGCGGCUACAGCAGGUGGAAGAGAAGAUUCUACAGAAGAGGGCUCAGAACUUGGCCAACAGGGAAUUUCACAAAAAGAACAUUAAGGAGAAGGCAGCUCACCUGGCCUCCAUGUUCGGACACGAGGAUGUCCCCCAGAAUAAACUACUCUCUAAAGGCCUGUCUCAUACUCAUCCCCCGUCUCCUCCCUCUUGCCUUCCGUCUCCUGAUCCAGCUGCUCCUUCCUCUCCAUCGACUAUCGACUCUGCUUCUCCUGCCAGAAAGCUGACGGUAGGGAAAGUGUCCAGCGGGAUAGGGGCUGCUGCCGAAGUCCUGGUCAAUCUGUACAUGAACGAUCACAGACCUAAGACCCAAGCCAGCUCUCCAGACGUGGACUCUAUGCGGAAGGUCUUCCCCCUGAACCUGGGUGGUAGUGACACCUGCCACUUCUGUAAGAAGCGUGUGUACGUCAUGGAGCGGCUGAGUGCGGAGGGCCACUUCUUCCACCGUGAGUGCUUCCGCUGCAGCGUCUGCGCCACCACCUUGCGCCUGGCCGCCUACGCCUUCGACUGCGAAGAAGGUAAAUUUUACUGCAAGCCUCAUUUCAUUUACUGUAAGACCAAUAACAAGCAACGGAAGAGACGGGCAGAGCUGAAGCAGCAAAGAGAGGAGGAGGGGAAGUGGCAAGAGCAGGAAGCCCCUCAGCGAGACCCUCCCACCGAAAGUUGCGCAGUGGCCGCCAUCAGCACUCCGGAAGGCAGCCCCCCAGCAGAUGAGCCCACGUCCCCCAAGAAGCCGAAGAGUGUCCCUGAGCCAGAGUGCAGUGACUUGGAAGGUGGAGCUGCCUCUCCCCUGCCCUCCGAGUGGACCUCAGUGCGGAUCAGCCCCGGGGAGGAUGUGGCUGGGCAGGACAUGCUGGCUAUGUGUGUCCUGGUCACCAUCGAGGACAGCAGCUCCGACACAGAGUCCAGCUACAGUGGGAACGAGGCCUCCAGCACACAGCCCCAUCGGCCGCAGGCCCCACCUCGACCAAAGCCCCUCAGCCGACACAUCUCCCUGAGGGAGGCCUCAACCAGAGCGGCCUCUCCACCACGCCCUGAGGAGCCCAAAGCUGUGCCUGGUUUGAUGCUGAUGAACAAAAGAGCUAUGUCACCUCCAAAGGAGCCUCCUCCAUUUCCUCUUUCUUCAUUGUCUUCUGCAUCUUCCUGGUCUUCUCCAUCAUCUUCUUCUUCAGGAAGUGUCCCAGAUGGUUCCUCCCCACCUCAGGUGACAGCUUCCCACCCCUCCUCCCAGGUCUCCAGAGGUCAUUCCAGUCCUUCCACCCCAAUCUUCCUGAGACGAGCCCGAAGCCAAGGUGUGCCCAGGGACAUCGCCCUGUACCUGCCUCAUGACCCAGUGCUGGAGCGGGCAGAGUUCCGCCUACUCAGCUCCAGUGGAGACAGCCAGGCUGGUCCUGCAGAGCUGGCUCCUGACACAUGCGAGGAAGCCAAGGCCUCUCUUGGGGACACCAGAAGUACCCACAGAGACCCACACUCUGCUGGAGGGAAGGACAGGUACCUGCUAGACCAGAAACUGUCCCCCAGGGUUGAAAAGGAACCAGGGAAAGGGACUGUCAGACCCAGGAGGGCGGAGGAGGUCAGGUCGGAGGUGGAAGAGGAGAGGAAGGCGGGCUUGAAGAAGCUGGUCCUCACUGGGGAGCAGAAGACUGCGCUACUGGAUUGGAGUGACACCCUCCCUGAAAGGAUGCACCUCAGAGUCGGAGAGCCACCCUCCCAGAAGAGUGCUGAGCAUGGUCGGGGAGGCCAGGUGCCAAAACCGGUCCACCCCUCGCAGUGCCUUCAGAUGGCAAGAGAGACACCACCAGCCCGGAGAGAAGCUCAGGACAGCAUGGGGACCCUGGUUCAGCGGGCUCCCGUAGAGCAAAGUGUGGCUCCACCCAAGUCCCCCCUGCGGCUCAUAGCGAAUGCCAUCCGAAGGUCCCUGGAGCCCCUGCUCCCCAACUCUGAAGGUAACAAAAAGGCCUGGACCAAGCCAGAAUCAAAAACAUCGCCCAUCAGCCAGCCGCACACCUGCACUCGCUCCUUCAGUCUCCGGAAAAGCAGUUCCAAUAAAGACUGGGACCAGAGGUGCCCGGGGAGAGACACAGCCUCAGGCCUUAGCCCUCCUGACACCACCCUCCGCAGCCAGAGUUUGCCCAAUCGGCCAUCCAAGAUGUCUCCUGCAUUCAUGUCCCCACCUUACAGCAAGAUUGAAGAUGUGCCCACCCUUCUUGAGAAAGUAAGCUUGCAAGAGACCUCCCCAGAUACCUCCAGGGUUCCCAAGAAAAGCUUCUCACUCUUUUCCUCCCUCAGACUCAAAGACAGAUCUUUUGAGAGUUUCCUCCAAGAAACCAGACAAAGAAAGGAUAUCAGGGACUUCUUUGGCAGCACCAAGGGGAAGGUGGCACCUGAGAACAGCUCCCAGGUCCUGGGGAAGCUGAUGCAGUCUUUCAAAAGGCCCUCCCUGGAUCAAGCACCCCGUCUUCCUCUUCCUCCUGCAGGCUCCCAGCACAUCCACGUCACAGAGCAGGUGACAGAGCAGGUCUCUUCUGCCUCUUCUACCACCUCCUCCUCUGCAGAUGAAGAAUCUGAUCCCCCGCUUUCCUUACGCUCACAGGAGAGGAAGACGCUUAGAAGAAGAAGGAAGCUGGAAAAAGCAACUAAGCAGUUGGUUAAGCAAGAAGAGUUGAAAAGACUUUAUAAGGCUCAGGCCAUCCAGAGGCAGCUGGAGGAGGUGGAGGAGCGGCAGAGGGCUUCAGAGAUCCAGGGCGUGCAGCUGGAGAAGGCCCUGAGAGGAGAAGCAGAUUCAGGCUCACAGGACGAAGCACAGCUUUUGCAGGAAUGGUUUAAGCUGGUCCUGGAGAAGAAUAAAUUAAUGCGAUAUGAGUCGGAGCUGCUGAUCAUGGCCCAAGAACUGGAAUUAGAAGAUCACCAGAGCAGGCUGGAGCAGAAAUUAAGAGAGAACAUGCUCAAGGACGAGAGCCAGAAAGACGAGAAUGACCUAAAUGAGGAGCAUGAAAUAUUCACCGAGAUGAUGCAAGUGAUUGAGCAAAGGGACAAACUCGUCGAGUCCUUAGAGGAGCAACGCAUGAAAGAGAAGGCAGAAGACCAACACUUUGAAAGCUUCAUAUUCUCCAGGGGAUGCCAGCUAAGUAGGACGUGAGCAGUGCCAUACUCCUUCUCCCUCAAGGAAAGCCAAGGACAAGAACAGGCCAAGCACACCUCAAAUUCUCAUAGGCCCUUAUGCGAGAGUUAUCAUUCCUUGAACUCAAGUUCCACCAGAUUGCAUUUUUUUCAUUAAAAUUUUCUCAUACGCACUACAGCUUCCCAAGAUCCUUCCAGUGAUUAUAAUGAAGAAAACACAAAGACGCUUUGAAAUUGGCAGUCAACUUCUGCAGGACUCUAGACUAGAGGUGUCCUUGGCAGGCUCCCAGCAGUGUUUUCCCUAGAAAGUGACAGAGACUUGACUUCCCUGCUGUUUUCAUUAUUUUUCCUCCCAAUUUAUUGAGUUACACAGUUUAAGAUUUUUAAGAAGCUGCCUUUUCAUUAAUAUACUCAUAUUUGCCUUUUUUGCAUGGAUGACCAGUUUCCAAAUGUCAGAAAGCAGCAGCAGCAGUUAAAAGAUUAGGUUAAUAUUUAAAUUGUGUUUCCAGAGAAAGAGGAAAGACCUUGAGAUUACUGAUUACAGAAAGCAAAUAACUCCUAUAGCAGGUGUUAAUUCAAUCCAGGGUGAAUUUAAUUUACCAGGUGUAUUUAUAAGCCUUAAUAUAAUAUACAUAAGCACUGAGGAUUUAAUAGGACAUUUGAGCCUUAAUUUUAUUUUAAAAAGAGAGACUAGAAAAGGGGGAUAAAACUUUACCUUCACGUUGGCAAGAGUGUUAGUUUUUACCAAAUACCAUUGGCUUAGAAAAGUGUUUUGUCUCCAUAAUAUUCUCUGUAUGGUCCCUGAAACAUAAAGAAAAGCUUUUGUAGAAAAUGAAUGAUUUUGAAGGACAUUUCUAUAAGCAUUGGUGGUGGCAAAAAGGGAAACUCAUUUGUUGAUAAAAUAUUGGUGAGUUGGAGCUGCUGCUACUGAAAUAGAAUACACUCACGGGGCAAGACACACUCUCAGUGGUGGUCUUAGGCCCACGCAGAGAAGACCCUCUGACCUAUUCUAAGGAUUGCCUCAAAGAGGACAAAGACAAACCCUCUCCCAACUUCAAGGGAGAGCCAAGUGCAGUGACCCCCAUUUACCCAAUCUCAUAUUGGAUUAUGGGUUUUAAAAUGACCUUUCAAUGUGAAAAGAAGGAUGGGAGAAGAGUUUGUACACGAUCCAUCAGAAUUCCUGGCACAUUUUGGUGGCUCACAUGGGGACCAAAGAUGAAGUUUUUAAACAGUGAUGUAUGUCAUAAAGUAUGUUUUGUCUUUUUUUCUCAGUGGGAUUAUUGGAAAAUUUAGUUUGUCAUUGACCAGAGGGAGACCAAAGAACUCUGUGGGUAUGUCUGGCCUCUCUCCUCUCUAUGAGUGUUUAAAUGGGUCAUUGCACUAAAGGUGCUUUGCAGCACUUGGUUUUGACUCGAGACCACAUUUUGCUCAGUCUAAGUGGACCCACGGACUGCUUCUGAGAUGCUGUCUGUGUAACAACGCUGGCCAGCUGACAAGCCAGAAAUUAGACAUGCAACUGGACUUCCUGAGUCAGCCAAUGUUUUAGGUAGUAUUUAAAUGAAACCUUUUCAUGGCAAACCAAGUCCCAAAGGUUGCAAUUCUUUUGUUUUGUUUCUCAUUUUUUGUUUGUAGGAAUCAGGUCUGCCAGUGCCUGAAUUCUGUGAAUAGGGAAUACAUGGAGACAUCUACCUACCUAUCUACUUAGGAACAUUGUACCACUUCUGGUUAUUUGUUUAUUUUUAUUUAUUUGUAUAUUUGGUGGAAAUUGUCCAUAUGAUUUCCUCGUAAUUCUGUGUUAUUCUCUUGUGUUAUAAGUUGGAGGAGAUCUAUUAGCAGAAAGAAGUUGGUGUGUAAGCUAUUUAAUACACAAAUAACCCAGGUGUUUGGGACAGUGAAUUGUAUAGUAUUAAAAACAGAGGGAUAUAGUUAAAGUGACGAUUAUGUUUUCAGCCAUCAGACAUUUAUUGGUAAGAGUAAAGAUGUACUGGAAUGUUCAUUCAUUUUAAGAAAGAGAUAAAAUUUAAGCUUUCACUCUAGAAUAUGCAGAAAUAUUCAAGCUCAAUCUUUUCCGUCAAUUUUAUAAAAGUGUACUGUUUGAUGCUUGCGUACAUUUAACAGAUGAUGCUCAAAUGUACAAUGCCUGUGUUGUUACUGUAUAGAAGAAUUAAUUGUCACUUAUUUUUCUUUCCAUCUGAAAGAAAAAUUUUCCCAAGGGGGCAAGAAAGAGGUUGUUCCUUGGCUCUAGUAUUCUGAUACAAUUCGCUCACUUGCCUCCAUAGACUGUGUUCUAUGGUUUAAGGCUCAAUUUUAUCUGACCGAGGUAAAACAGAAACCUCAAACUUAACAGUUUUAUACGGACAUUGUUUUACUCAGUUUUACCAAUAUAUAAAACUAUUUCAAUGGCAUUUCCAAAGGACACAAAUGCUGCUGGCUGUUGAACUAUUUUAAAUGAUUCCAUUCCUUAUUCACAAUAGAAAAUGUUCUAAAACCCUUUAAAGGUAGAGUAUUAUCCAUUUUAAAGAUAAUUCCAUUGUAUAUAAUACGUGUAGGAUUAUGGUAAAACAGAUAGGGUUUUCACUGCCAUAUAAAAGAGCACUUACGAAUGUGAUCAAGGACAAGCAAUUCAGAGCUCUGAAUGGAACAUAAAGCCCCAGCUUGUGGUCAUAUUUCACCUCUAGGAAGGGCUCAUGAAAGUUACAAGGUCAGAAGUUUAUGUAAGUUGGACCAAGAGAACAGCUCUUUUUGUUUUUUUUGGAGAGGUUUUAGCUAUAGGGUGCGUGCGCUCACCAGACAGACAGAGAGA